AUGCAUAGCCAAGUUGAUAAUGACCCAACUCCAUCAAGUCAGAAUAGGAGGGACAAUGAUAGCUCUAGUAAUAGAAAAAAUAGAGAUAGCAGAAAAUCUCGUACCUUGGAGGCCCUUUCUGGUUCUGCAAAAAGAGCUAGAAAUGGAGGUUCAGUAACUCAAGGUGCAUCAAAUAAUGGUGCUGCAACUCAAGGUGCAUCAAAUGGAGGUGCAGCAGGUCAAGGUGCAUCAAAUAGAGGUGCAGCAGGUCAAGGUGAAACUAAUGAAGGUGCAGCAACUGAAGCCGAAACAGAAAUUGGUGGAGAUUGCCAACGCCUUUGUAAGCAAAUUGUAUAUAUUACAAAUGCCUUCCAUAAUCUUGCAACUGAAGCCCCUUUAGCUAGGGGUCUUGCCCGCUUACUCCAAAUAGGAAAUGGUGCUGGGAUUGAGCCGCAUACUCAUCUCAAGGGAUACAUACUUGGAAACCCAGCACCGACCACUCAAGGCGAUGGAAACCAUGCAAUCCCGUUUGCUCAUAGGAUGGCGCUAAUCUCUGAUGAACUCUAUGAGUCCUUGAAAGCGACCUGUAAAGGAGAAUAUGUAAAUAUAGACCCCAGCAAUGCGCCCUGCUUGAAGAAUAUCCAGGCAUACAAUAAGUUGAUUGAUAACAUCGAGCCUAUGCAUGUGCUGGAGCCCACUUGUCCUGAUGUUUCACCAAAGCCAAAUAACUUAUUCAGUGGCAGGAGAUCAACUGUUGAAACGUUCUAUAAGAAGUUUGAGGAGCUUGAUGUUUUGGAAUUUAAUCCAGUUGAAUGUCGUGUGACCGGAGAGGAGGUUCUAUACUACUGGGCUAAUGACAGGAGUGUCCAAGAGGCCCUCCAUGUGCGAAAGGGGACUAUUAAAGAGUGGAUUAGAUGCAACUAUAGCAUACUAUACACAAGAAAUGCAGGGAGCGCUGUACCAUACCACGCAAACCUCAGCACUAAAGGUUACAGAUCUCUCAUAUACAGUGGUGACCAUGAUAUGAUCUCACCAUAUUUGGGAACUGAAGAAUGGAUAAGAUCUCUAAAUUACCCAACUAUUGAUGAUUGGAGACAGUGGAUUCAUCAAGGCCAAGUUGCAGGUUAUACAAGGACUUAUGCAAAUAAGAUGACAUUUGCAACUGUAAAGGGAGCAGGCCAUGCUGCUCCAUAUUAUAAGCCAGCGGAAUGUAGAUCCAUGUUUGGAAGGUGGAUAUCCUAUCAGCCUCUCUAGUCAAUUGGGAGAUGGGUAUGAAAGUAUUAGAUCGUUUAAGAAUUCAAAAAUUUCGAGUGUUAAAUGUUAUUGCAAACGCCAUCUGAUUUCAGUUAAUAAGCAUUUACUUCAAGAGAAUGCUUUCUUGAUGAAA